AUGGCCACCCCAGGAACUCAGUAUAUGAUGCAAGCCGGCCUAGCAGCCGGCAUGUCGGGCACACAGGGAAUGCAUUCACCGCAUCCUAAAGAGGUAGAUCCCUAUCUCAGCGAUCCGGUCAACAUGCUCCCGGCCGACCUGAUCCCGAAUUCCGAAAGCCGCAUUGCGCUGCGCGGUGUGAGUGGCAAGGACGUGCUCGUUCCUUAUAUCAGUAUAGGUGCAUGGUCAUGGGGCGACAAGGCAACCUUCAACUACAACCCCACACAAGAUCUACCACGCAUCCACGCAGCAUGGGCCAAACUCAAGGCCGUUGGAUUGACCUUCGUGGAUACAGCGCAGUCCUAUGGUGACGGCGAGAGCGAGCGAAUCUGUGGGACCUUAUUCCACGGAAUGCCUCGUAAUUCCUUCGUCGUGCAGACCAAGUGGCUAUCGACGCCCGACAUGACCAACACACUCAUGCAAUCUGGCGGGCCCAAGUCUAAGCUCCGGGACUCCCUUGUCCGCCUGAGACUAGACUACGUUGAUAUCUACCUCGUCCAGGGACCUAUCCACCCUAGCACAAUCUCCACUGUCGCCAAGGGCUUGGCCGAAUGUGUGGAAUCUGGGAUGACGCGUGCGGUUGGAGUUGCUAACUACGACACGAAAGAGAUGAUCAAGAUGGCCGACGAGCUGGCUAAGCACGAUGUCCCGCUCUCCGUCUGCCAGUGCGAGUAUUCGAUCGUCCGGCGCUUGCCUGAAGUCAGCGGCAUGAUCCGAGAAUGCAAAAAGCGGAGUAUUUGUUUUCAGGGCUUUGCCUCGCUGGCCGAGGGCCGUCUUUCUGGUAAAUACUCGCGCUUCAAUGAGGUUCAGCGGAGACGGCGCUUCAGCAGUUAUCCCAUGCAUAUGUUGGAGCCCACCAUCAAUGUCUUAAAGGGUAUUGCCGAGGAGCGCCGCGUGCCUGUUCCUGCUGUCGCGAUUAAUUACUCCAUCAAUAAAGGUGUUCUGCCAUUGGUCGGCGUGCGCGAUGCCGAACAAGCCGAGCAGGAUAUGCAGGCGCUUGGAUGGCGACUGAGUGAGGAUGAGAUGAAGCGGAUUGAGGGAGUCAGUCUGCAGGGUAGCAGAUCAUCGUUUAUGCAACACGGGUAG